CCCUCUCCCCACGUCCCGCAGGGCUGCGCUGGGCCGCAGGGCCGCCCUCCCCACGGUCUCCAUCCUGGUGGCCCUGCUGAUCGUCGGCCAGGCCGUCACCCUCUACUUCGUGUACCAGCAGAGCGGGCAGAUCAGCAAGCUGACCAAGACCUCCCAGACCCUGCAGCUGGAGGCACUGCGGAGGAAGCUGCCCGCCAGCGCCAAGCCGGCGAACAAGAUGAAGAUGUCCAUGGUGAACAUGCCCGUGGCCAUGAGGGUCCUGCCUGUCGCCGCCUCUGUAGACAGCGUGGACAUGGCUCCCCCCAGCAACAAAACGGAGGACCAAGUGAAGCACCUGCUGCUGCAAGCAGACCCCAAGAAGAUGUUCCCAGAGCUGAAGGACAAUCUGAUGGACAACCUGAAGAGACUGAAGAACACCAUGACUCAUGGGGACUGGAAGGCCUUUGAAUCCUGGAUGCACAAGUGGCUGCUGUUCGAAAUGGCCAAGAACCCCAAGCCAGACGAGCCCAAGGCAAUCCCAGCAGUGAAAGUGCAAACUAAGUGCCAGGCCGAGGCCAAUUUUGGGGGUGUCCAUCCGGGUCGGUUCCGCCCGCAGUGUGAUGAGAACGGCGACUACCUGCCCAAGCAGUGCCACCCCUCCACGGGCUACUGCUGGUGCUGCUACAAAAAUGGCACCAGGAUUGAGGGCACUGCCACUCGGGAAAAGCUGGACUGCCCCGAUACUGCUGCUGCUGCUGCCACUGCGGAGCCAGAGAUGAUCUUCUCUGGGGUGGACAUGCUCAAUCUGACACCAGAGAAAGCACCAGAGUAG